AUGUCAGCGGGCGGCGGGCAUGGCAACGGGGGCAGCAAGCUGAGCUCUCACAUCUUGAACUUCAAGCACCAAGUAGCCGUGGUCUUUCAACAGUUAAAGUCCGCUUCCACUCAGGUAGAAGUGAGCUGGGUACUGUGGUGCACACCUGUAACCCCAUCACUUAGCAGGCUGAGGCGGGAAGAUUGCCAUAACUCUGAGAAAGGAAAAGAUAGAAGUGAGGUGGGCCUACAUUGUACCGUUAACACGGGGCUGGGCUUUCUCUUGGUUUUUAAUGGCUGCUAUUUGCUGUUUUAUUUUGAAGGUCUCUUUUUCAGCCACGCGGGAGUCAGUCGGAGUGUGGCUGUGGUCACUGCCUUUCUAAUGAAGACUGACCAGCUUACCUUUGAAAAAGCCUAUGAAAACCUGCAGACCCUCAAGCCAGAAGCUAAGAUGAAUGAGGGAUUUGAAUGGCAGCUGAAAUUGUAUGAGGCAAUGGGAUGCGAAGUCGAUACCUCUAGUGCAAUUUACAAGCAGUACCGUUUGCAAAAGGUUACUGAGAAGUAUCCAGAACUCCAGAAUUUACCUCAAGAACUCUUUGCUGUUGACCCAACUACCCUUUCACAAGGAUCAAAAGAUGACAUUCUCUACAAAUGUAGAAAGUGCAGGCGAUCUUUAUUUAGAAGUUCUAGUAUUUUGGAUCAUAAUGAAGGAAAUGGGCCAAUAGCCUUUGCUCACAAGAGAACGGCACCAUCUUUGGUACUUACCACAGGGAGUCAGGCUCAGUGUACAUCUUACUUCAUUGAACCUGUACAGUGGAUGGAGUCUACUUUGUUGGGAGUAAUGGACGGACAGCUUCUUUGCCCAAAAUGCAGUGCCAAGCUGGGUUCCUUCAACUGGUAUGGAGAACAGUGUUCAUGUGGUCGAUGGAUAACCCCCGCUUUUCAAAUACACAAGAAUAGAGUGGAUGAAAUGAAAACAUUGCCUGCUCUGGGAUCACAAACAAGGAAACUAUGAACUUAGGUCAGAGCUUGGAAGAAAACCUGAUGAAGCAUACUUCUCUUGAUGGUUAUCUUUUAUAACAGAGUCAAAAUUUCAUUUGGAGUGUCCGAAGAUAAUUUACUGUAGCAGGUUUGUGUUGGUAGCUUACUACUACAUGGUGUGUGAUGUAUAUGUAAUACUUCACUGGUCAGUCCAGGCUUUUAAUCAUGUAAAUUUGAUUUGUUAUUAAAAUCUUUUAUACCCAAA